AUUGAAACAACAACUUCCAUUAAGACAGGAGACUUGUCCCUGAGAGAGAAAGGCACAUCAUCUUCUUCAUCAACUUAUUCUUCAUCAUGCUCAUUAUCUGAACCUGGAGAGGAUGUAGAAUCAAGCAUCUUAAAUAGUCCACCUUCAAGUGAUGACGAAAGGAACUAUCCAGUUUAUGUGAACAGACAGAAGAUAAGUGUGAAGAACUUGUAUGACCAUCUCCGUGUCAUUGACAAGGACGUUCCACGGACAGACAGGGACCUAGAAUACUUCAACUCUCCCCACCGUUUGACUCUCAUUGUUAAUAGAGGAGUGGGGAUGUACAGAAUGGCUUACAAGCUCACAAGAAAAUAUGAUGCUUUUAUCAUAGACGCAAUGGAUGGAAGACCAAAUACAGCGAUUCCAGGUAUAGGACGGGUAUAUGGGAGGAGACUGAGAGAACAAGGGUUUGUCACGGCCUUGGAUGUCUAUGGAGCGUAUAAAGAAUACGAUGAGAUAAACUUCAAAAUAUGGUUGUUCGACAUGUGCAGGGCUAAUAGAAGAUACCAGAACGCCGCUUAUCAAGGCCUCCAUGCAUGGAGUUUGUACUACGUGUAAUGCAGGACACAAUCCUUGUUGUGUACCGGUAGACAAUAGAUACAUUGUCUGUAAGCUUUUCAAA